UGUAGGAACUAACGGCAUCAGCCACAAUUUAGAUUCCAACACCGUACAGUGCACUUACUGUAUCUCCGCAACACUAUAGUGUUUGACAGAUAAUGAAGUUAAAACUCCCCAACCCAGGCCUGGAGGACAGGAUAUUGUCCCAUCAGCAGCUGGACAAGGUGGAAGAGGAAGAGGCUGGAGACAGACCAAAAUGGGACAACAAGGCCCAGUACAUGCUGACUUGUGUCGGAUUCUGUGUGGGACUUGGAAACGUCUGGAGGUUUCCCUAUCUGUGUCAGAGUCACGGAGGAGGUGCAUUUAUGAUACCAUUUCUGAUCCUGCUGGUUUUUGAAGGAAUCCCACUUCUGCACCUUGAGUUUGCCAUUGGUCAGCGUCUAAGAAGAGGCAGUUUGGGAGUGUGGGCUACAGUCCAUCCUUAUUUGACAGGAAUUGGUGUUGCAUCCAUGUGUGUAUCUCUGACAAUCAGUCUCUAUUACAACACCAUCAUCGCCUGGAUUAUGUGGUACCUCUUCAACUCCUUUCAAGAGACUCUGCCUUGGAGUCAGUGUCCCAUGAAUGCCAAUUUAACAGGCGUCAUCUCAGAGUGUGAGAGGAGUUCCCCUGUGGAUUAUUUCUGGUACAGGGAGACCCUGAACACAACUCCAACAAUCGAAGAGGAUGGUGGUCUGCAGUGGUGGAUGCUACUGUGCCACAUUUGUGCGUGGUCUUUUCUCUACAUCUGCAUCAUCCGCGGCAUUGAGACCACUGGAAAAGCUGUGUAUGUGACUUCAACCCUUCCCUACGUGGUGCUGACAGUAUUUCUGAUACGAGGACUGACCCUGAAGGGCUCUUUUAGCGGAGUAAAGUUUCUCUUCACACCAGAUUUAUCAGAGCUGGCAAAGCCAACAACAUGGCUCGAUGCAGGUGCUCAAGUUUUCUAUUCCUUCUCUCUGGCUUUUGGUGGUCUUAUUUCCUUCUCCAGCUACAACUCAGUGCAUAACAACUGUGAACAAGAUGCAGUGAUCAUCUCAAUCAUCAACGGCUUCACCUCCGUCUAUGCUGCAACUGUCAUUUACACUAUUAUUGGCUUCAGAGCAACAGAGAGAUUUGACAACUGUCUUUCUGGAAACAUCGUAGCGUUACUAAAUGCAUUUGAGCUUGCUGAGAGCGACAUCACUGACAGCAACUACGAUCAGGUUGUUCAGCAUCUUAACGAAACAUACCCUGAUGUUAUUCAAGGGUUGGAUCUAAAGACUUGCAACCUAGAUACUUUUCUCAGUGAGGGAGUGGAGGGGACUGGUUUAGCCUUCAUAGUGUUCACUGAAGCGAUCACCAAGAUGCCCAUCUCACCGUUGUGGUCUGUCCUUUUCUUCAUAAUGCUCUUCUGUCUUGGCCUGUCUUCUAUGUUUGGUAACAUUGAGGGAAUUAUAGUGCCACUGCAAGACCUCAAAGUUUUCCCCAAAACAUGGCCAAAAGAGGCGACCACUGCUAUAACAUGCUCGAUCUGCUGUGCAGUGGGUCUGAUAUUUCUCCAAGGCUCUGGGAAUUAUUGGCUCUCACUCUUUGACACCUAUGGAGGAUCCAUCCCUCUGCUCGUUGUUGCAUUCUGUGAGAUGGUAUCAGUGGUCUACAUAUAUGGGAUAGACAGGUUCAAUGAUGACAUAAAGUUCAUGAUUGGACACAAACCGAACUUCUUCUGGCAGGCAACAUGGAGAGUCAUCAGCCCACUCAUUAUGCUUUUCAUCUUGGUCUUUUACAUUAUUACUAAAGUUUCUGAAAAGCUCCUUUACAAAGCCUGGGAUCCUGAAUCGGAGAAAUUCCCUACACUGGUGGAGAAGACAUACCCAGUCUGGAUCUAUGUGAUCAUUUUUAUAUUGGCAGGGAUACCCUGUAUCGCUAUACCUUUUAUUGCUGUCUGGAAAUGUUUAAAGGCAAAGAGGAAUGAAGUACAACUUCAUAAUAAGUCUGAUGAAAUUCAAAUGAACAUGGAGACUGCAAAAUCCCCAGCUUAACAUUCUAGUGAAAUGAUCAAUUUGCUCUUUUUUACUUUUCAAAAUAUUCAAAUUAAUUGAUGAUUAAUUACACUGGGACAAUAGGAAGGCAGCAAAACAGUUGCAUAACAAUGUAAGGCAUCACUUUAAGAAAACGUGUCAUAAAAAGAGCUUGGAGGAUUGCAGCUAAUAUGGGUAAAAACACGAUUUACAAUGGCAUCAAACAAUAUCAUGGAGGGAUAACACCUCACUUGCAUUUAAUACUAUAAUCAUCAUAAAGGCAAGAUUCUUUAUAGCUAUUACCAUGGGUGGCACCAUGUUGCAGGGUCAAUGUCUUCAUUAUAUUAUAGCCAUCAAUAGUUUACUUCUAGGAACAUGCUAUGCACCAUUAGGCACAAUAUCGGAACUAAAACAAUGAAGCCGUUGCAAUGCGCUCUGCAUUGUUAUUCGGAAGGUGUACUGUACUAAAAAUAAAUCGACAAGUUGAAAUCUAGCAAACAUAUGAUGUUAGUGUAAGCCCAUAGUAGAUUUCUGUCCCAUUGCCAUGUUGAGUGCUGCUAUAUAGUUUACAUUUGAUUAAACGAUUAAGGUUUUGAGACUUUGAGGAGCUGCUGCUCUAGAAGGAAGCUGAGAUGUAAUGAAGGUACACCUAUCUGUCCAGCUGGGGUCACUAUUGUGAUGUGUUAACAGCUUGGAGUGCAUGACAGGUGCAUCAAAUACUGAUUCAAUCAGCUGUAUUGUUAUAUUUAAGUUUCUAAAUUAGUCUGUAAUUCGUAAAGGGAACUUGGCAUGUUUCAUGACUCUGUUCUGUUUUCAGGUUCCCAGUUAAGCAGAAAUGAUAAGAUUCAUGAUAUAAUAUUAUUCUGUAUAAAUUUAAUGGUAGGAUGGAAUUUUAAAUAAUGUUUCAGUGACUAAAUCUGAUUCAGACUUCUAUUAAAAGUAAAUCUUUUUUUUUUUUUCUUCUCCAGUGUAAGUGUUGUUUGUUAAUUACUGCUAACUCAGACUGUGGGCAAAUGACACUUAUGUAAACUGUUUCAUGUGACAAAAUUAAAAGGCAUGUGUACUAUCACA